AGCUAUAUGAAAUUGUGUUGUUCUAGAAAAGCGUCAGAUGUCAGAUUACCUGGUGUGUUUUGCGCUUUGAAGUGAUGUCAAAAUGUACACAGAGCUUUCUGUCCACAUUAGCGGCAGUGCAGUGCUAUUAACAUGUAACUACCACGACUUUAGGAUGGCGCCUCUGUUUUCAGCUGUUUCCCGUCAUUAUCUUCGGCUUGUUUGUGGGGAACUGCGAUCUCGUCACAGGUGUCUGAUUUUCCUGAAUAAUACUCCUCGGCAUGGUACGAUGCUGAAGUGAACAUCUCUUCUUUUUUCCUAGCAAUACGCAGGCAUAUUCAUUUGUCAGACAGCCAUUAGUGGGAAGCAGCCCUCCAGCUGCUGGUUUUGUGUAGUGAUGGAUGACUGAGGACAGUCAGUGGCACCUCCCUGCUGGUUGUUUCCAGGCCCUGCCACACCCUCUGGGUUGGCUGGCUCUCCUUUGUGUCUCUCACAGUGAUACCGACACUGUGUUGGAUUGCUGUUUUAUUGUGCAGGAAAUAAGGAUUAUUAAUCCGGUGGUGUCAAACUUCACCAAGUGGACAGGAAAGGCGUCCCCUUGGGAGAUGGCUUUGGUUUCUCCCACUGGCUUGGCUAGGAAGUUGCUGACUCCUCUCUGCCGUUUUCCCCCAUUUCCUCUCCCAGUAUGCAUCACACCCUUUCUCAAAAAGGGUAGGCUAGUAGGAUUGUUUACAACUAAACACAGACAAUUUUAAAGAAGACUAGAUUAUUAUCUUAAGAUGAGAGUUUUUAACCCUGCCUCACAGACAAAACAAAAUGAAUACGAAAUUAAAGUUGGUAGCAGAGCGUCCACAUUUAUGCCAGUUGUUAUUGCAUUAAUCCACUGUUGUGAUCUCAGUGGGGGGGAAAGCACUACCUUCACAAGUGACGGUAGUGAUGAUAGAUGGGUUAGAAGAAAAGAGACGGAGUGAGGAUGGUGUUGGCCGAGAAGUAAAGUAAUAAUGUGCAUCCCGGGAGAUGGAGACGAAUGAAGGCUGUAGCUUCGAGGCCCAGAUUUCCACCGGUUAGAGGGGAGUGAGCCAGUCAAUAUGGAGUACGCCAACCUCUGUUUAAAUUGUAUUUCAUUCAAUACAUUGUUCCCUGCUCUCAUACUGGCCUCGUGGUGGGAAGUGCUGUAAUUGCAGUUGUAUGACCUUUGAGCCUUCUUCAAGAAUGACUCAUCUAACUUGUCUUCCCGGUCCAAGUUGGGUAACAAGAGCUAAAUCAUGCCUAUUCUGUUUAUAUUUUUCAGAUUAUUUUUAGGCUGCGUCUGUAUAUAUGAGUGUAACUGGUGUGAGUCACAGUUUAAAGUCCACACAUCACAUCUGUUGAGAUCCUGGAGUUUGUGAAUUAUGAUUUUCUUUAACCAUAGUAUUCAAACCAUCCAGUGCUCAACUGCACACCCCUGCUGCACGAGUCAGCCUAUGAACAUCGCUCGGGCGACUGUGUGAGUGACGUAUCAUGGCAGUGUAAAUAUUUUCUGACGUGCUGAAGGUAAACAGUAUGUGAGGCAUUUCAUUCUUAGUGCCAUGAUGAGUAUUAUAUGUAAAUAAGCUCAGUAUUGAUAUAAGAGCUCCUAGGAUGCCAGACUAUUUUGAGCCUGUGUCACUGAGGCUGUUCUGUUGUGCCUCAUUAGGUCUCUUCCUUUGUGUGUGAUGAGUAUAGAGGAGAGGAGCAGGCUCUAGAUCGGGAUGACUCCCUCCCCCAUCUGACCUGCUCCUCUGCACUCCUCUGUUUUUGUCCCUCUGUGGGCGGGCCCGUCUCCCGACGUGCACCCAAGCUGAUGCUGGUUGUUCUGACGAAGCACUGGGGAAGGUCACAUCAUCCCGCAGGCAGCUCCUCGUCCUCAUCCUCACCAAAAUUAGCAUUCGUCACUCUCAUUACUGUCCAGCUUCAUUUCCAUUCGCUUCAUUUUCACACUGAACGUUUAUUGUGUUAUUUUGUGUUUGUUUGUUUUAAAAAACAAAACAAAGGAUCUCUCUUUGGAUUAGGAGGGCAGGUUUAUGAUGCCGUUUGCUGGUGUGUAGCGCUUUUCCUCAAGGAGGAGGACAUUAUUUCACCAGCUUUUCCCCGUGCCAAACUGUGAGGUUCUGCUCUGCUUCUGAAACCCAGGUUUCCCUGAGCUAAAAAGAUGUCCACCAUGGUGUACCCACGGGAAGAGAAACUGGAGAAGCUUUCUCAGGAGGAGAUCAUCUCGAACACAAAGCUCGUGAUCCAGGGUCUCGAGGCCCUGAAGAACGAGCAUAACUCCAUCCUUCACAGCCUCCUGGAGACCAUCAAGUGCCUAAAGAAGGAUGAAGAGGCCAACCUGGUGCACGAGAAGUCCAAUCUUCUCCGCAAGUCAGUGGAGAUGAUUGAAUUGGGCUUGGGAGAAGCACAGGUGAUGAUGGCCCUGUCCAACCACUUGAACGCGGUGGAGUCGGAAAAGCAGAAGCUGCGCGCACAGGUGAGGAGGCUUUGCCAGGAGAACCAGUGGUUGCGGGAUGAGCUGGCCAACACCCAGCAGAAGCUACAGAAGAGUGAACAGAGCGUGGCCCAGCUGGAAGAGGAGAAGAAGCACCUGGAGUUCAUGAACCAGCUCAAAAAAUACGAUGAAGAUGUCUCACCCACUCAGGAGGAGAAAGACCGAGAAACACCAAAGGACUCCCUGGAUGACCUCUUCCCCAAUGAUGAGGAGGAGCACGGCCAAGGAAUGCAGCACCAACAUAACAGUGCAGCCGUGGUCGCAGCCCAGCAGGGAGGCUAUGAGAUCCCAGCACGUCUGAGAACCUUGCACAACCUGGUCAUCCAGUAUGCCUCUCAGGGCAGGUACGAGGUGGCCGUGCCCCUGUGCAAGCAAGCUUUGGAGGACCUGGAGAAGACCUCGGGGCAUGAUCACCCUGAUGUGGCCACCAUGCUCAAUAUCUUGGCUUUGGUGUAUAGGGAUCAGAAUAAAUACAAAGAGGCAGCCCAUCUGCUCAACGACGCUCUAUCCAUCCGUGAGAAAACCCUGGGCAAGGACCAUCCUGCUGUUGCUGCCACCCUGAAUAACUUGGCCGUGCUGUAUGGAAAGAGAGGGAAGUACAAGGAGGCCGAGCCUCUGUGUAAGAGAGCUCUAGAGAUCAGAGAAAAGGUCCUGGGGAAGGACCACCCAGAUGUGGCCAAACAGCUGAACAACCUGGCCCUGCUGUGUCAGAAUCAGGGCAAAUAUGAGGAGGUGGAAUAUUACUACUGUCGUGCCCUGGAGAUCUACGAGUCCAGGCUGGGCCCAGAUGAUCCAAAUGUGGCCAAAACCAAGAACAACCUGGCAUCCUGCUUUCUCAAACAGGGGAAAUACAAGGAGGCUGAGAUUCUCUACAAAGAGAUCCUGACUCGUGCUCAUGAGAAAGAAUUUGGAUCUGUUGAUGCUGACAACAAGCCCAUCUGGAUGCACGCCGAGGAAAGGGAGGAGAGCAAGGGCAGGCACAGAGACAAUACUCCAUACGGAGAGUACGGAGGCUGGUACAAGGCCUGCAAAGUCAAUAGCCCUACAGUAAACACCACCUUGAGGAACCUGGGGGCUCUGUACCGCCGCCAGGGCAAGCUAGAAGCUGCUGAGACCCUGGAAGAGUGCGCUGCGAGGUCUCGCAAGCAGAGCAACACAGGCAUCGACCCAAUCCACCAGACACGUGUGGUGGAGAUCCUGAAAGAUACAGAGGGCGACAGGCGGAAGAGCAGGGACAGUCUCGCCAGCGUUAAGUAUGAGAGCGGCUCUGAGACCGGCGAGGAAGUGAGUAUGGGCGUGGAGUGGAACGGGGAUGGCAGUGGAACCCUCUAUCGCAGUGGCUCUCUGGGGAAGCUCAGGGAUGUUUUGCGUCGCAGCAGCGAGAUGCUGGUGAAGAAACUGCAGGGCAACGUACCCCCUGAACCUCGCAGCACCAAUAUGAAGCGAGCCUCUUCCUUGAACUAUCUGAACAAAUCCAGCGAUGAAACGUUCCAGAAUCGAGGGGGCAAUAAUUUCAGGGAGAGCCGUGGGCUCAGCUCCAGCACUGUGGAUCUCUACUCUGGAAACUGAGCAGCAGGCGGUUCUGUUCACCCAUCCAAAGACACUACUCCCCCUCCUCUUCCUCCCUUUGGCCUUCGGCAACAGAACCGUCGGACAGUGUCGAGUCCAGCACGCAUUUUGUCCACACGCCUGACCCAAAGAUCCUCUUAGAUUCCCACUCAUCAGGAUGAAUACCUACGCAACCAGUCUGAUAUUUUUCCCGUUGCCACAUUUCUGCAUUUCCCUCGUCGUAGUCCUAAUGUCUUGUUGCCUUGGAGCCUUGGUGCCUCCUAAUUGUGGCCAAGAAAACCUGCCGUACCUCAUCUCUGCCCUUAAUUCAUAAUCACUGACUCUGCACUUUGAGUUUGCCAUAAAUGCCACCUUUUGACAGUAAUAACCGAUUUUUAGUUAAGAUUAAGUUUUUCUUACAUGUAAAUAAAAGAUACUUUGUAGACUGUAGAUUUAUUUUUGCCUUCGACGGUAGAUAAAGAUGAAAAGGUUUUGGGUUUGAAAUGACGUCAUGUAACGUUUUCCUUUUAAUGAUUUGCCCGUUGAGAUUUAUUGCGAUGUUAGGGGUGUAGCUUCAAACUUUGGGAAACAGGGUGAAGAUGUUUAUUCUACUGACGUGACUGUAACUGAAAUUAUAGCUGCUGCUUUAACCACUACAGCUGAUCUCGUGCGUUGCAGAGAAAGACACAGGUGUAAUCGUGUAAACCAUGGAAAGCACUCCUUAAAAAAACAACUUGUGUAUGUACAUAUAUAUGUGUGAAAAAGUGAACCAAUCAGGACUGAACUGUUCAUCCUGAACAGUGGUGCCAUGCAGGACUUGACUGGUGUAUGUUAGUCCACUCUGAGCACAUCUUUCUGUAAUGCUGUGAUUGGGGAUGUGUGAUUUGAGUGUGUUGUUUGAUUGUGUUUUUCGUGUCGCUACUCAAAAACAACUGGAAUGGGGUUUUUUUCUAAUUCCCUUAUUUUGCCUUUGUUUUCAUUUCAUUCUAUGUAAUAAAUAUAAAAGAUAGAAUAUGAUCAAGUGCUCAAAUUUCAACAAGUAGAAAGCGCUUUUCAUUUAAGGGGACAGUUGCAUACGCGUCUGUUUUGAUCUGAUACUUAAAACGACCCCAGUUGGUGUCUGAUCCUGAUAAAAGAAAUAAAACCAUUUUCUACUCAGAAUUGAAUUCGCUUGAAUAUCUUCGUCUUAUCCACUUACGCUGUUCCACCAAGCGAGAUCUUACAACGUCAGACUCCAGUGUGAGUGUGGGAACUCGGGGAACAUAGAUGUCUUACUAAGAUGCGAGACUUCUGAGUUUUCCUCCUCCCACCUGGUACAAAUCAGCGUGGAGGGGGUUUGUCUGCUCGCUGCUAAUCUCUCAGGAUGUCAGAGCUUUAAUGUGGAGCUUUAUAUGAACCCAUACUCGUGGUUUUGGGUUCUGCUGAGAGCUGCCAGAUUCCCUUUUUUCCUGUUUCUAAGAGGUAAGUGACUAGCAGCAGAGUUAAUUAUUGCAUGGGAGCUGACACCAUGCCCUCAGACACUUCAAGAGUGGGACUACUGCCUCUCUUUCCUCCCUCAGGAAUUCAUUUUGUGAAUGAACUUGUU